UGUUAGUUAGAUUCUGUUCAGCUGUGCUCCCAGGUGUGUCCACUCUACCCUCAUCUCCUCCUGUGUGCUGUCAGUCUGUUUGGCAUUCGAUUGGUUCCUGCCCGCCUCUGUUUUGCCAGGACUAACAAACAAUAUGAUUUUAGGUUUGGGUCCAUUCUGGGUCCUCAUUGCCUGCCUCUUCUCUCUGGUGUCAGAUCUGUUAUGAACCAAAGGGAAAUUUCUGACAAACUGCAGUUAUUACUGGGAGCAUGUUAGCGUGUUGGAUUGAUGUCUGAGUGUUACACGUACAGAUGUGCUGAAUCUGGAGCUAAAGACAUCUCCUGAUUCCUGAGAGGACCAAGGAUGGCAACACCAACAGAGUUGGAGGAAGUGCUGGAGGAGCUGGGAGACAGGGAGCGAAAAGAUUUUAAUGAGAUGGAAACAAAGGAUCAGGUGGAAAGUUUAUCAAGCACUGACUUAGGACCUGAAGAUGUGAGAUGCAUGCCAGCAGCUCCGCCUCCACAACCUGAAACAUCGUACCAAGUCACACUGCAGUCUGAACUCCAGAACAUCUUCAGGUGUGCUCAGGAGGGACUCGAGAAGCAGACUGAGGAACGUUUGUAUGACGUGACCCCAGAGCUGUUUAUUACAGAGAGACGGACCACAGACUCCUGUUCACAACAAGAGGUCAGGCUGGCUGACCUCGAGUCAGAGAGGGCGGUUAAACCCAGUGACCUCUUCCAACAGUUUUCUAGUGAGGGCACUGCUGUGAGGACAGUGCUGACCAGCGGGAUAGCAGGAAUUGGCAAAUCAUCCAUUGUUAAGAAGUUUUUGUUGGACUGGGCUGAAAAAAGAACCAAUCAAGACUUACAUCUGAUCUUCCCCUUUGACUGUCAGCAGAUGAGUUUAUGGAAAGGAGAAACAUUUAGCCUGGCAGAGCUCAUCCAUACAUGUAUCCCAUAUUAUUCAGCCAGUGGUAUCAAAGAAGAGACUUUAAAUGACAUUUUCACAAGUUUACAGAACUCAGGGGACACAAGUGAGUUCAGACUUCUGUUCGUGUUUGAUGGAUUGGAUCAAAGUCGCCUUCAGCUCGACUUCACAGGAAAAACAGAGAAGUCUAUUGAUGUGACAAAGUCAGCCGGAGUAGAAGUGCUGCUAACCAACCUCAUCAGGGGGAAACUGCUUCCCUCUGCUCGCCUCUGGAUAACCACACAACCUGCAGCAGCCAAUCGAAUUCCCCCUCAGUAUGUUCACAGAGUGACGGAGGUCAGAGGGUUCACUGACCCUCAGAAGGAGGACUACUUCAGAAAGAGAUUCCAAGAUGCGGAGCAGGCCAACAGGAUGGUCGCCCACAUCAACACAUCCCAAGGACUACACAUCAUGUGCCACAUCCCAGUCUUCUGCUGGAUCACGGCUGCAGUUCUGGAGGAUGUGCUGAAAACCAGCAAGGGAGGAGAGCUGCCCAAGACCCUGACUGAGUUGUACAUCCACUUCCUGACGGUUCAGAUUAACCACACAAAGCAGAAGGAUGUCCCAGAAAAGUGCAUUCGGUACAUAAUGUCAUUGGCUGAACUAGCUUUUCACCAGCUGCUGAGAGGAAACGCCAUCUUUACUGAGGAGGAGCUGAGCUGCAGUGGCAUUCAUGUCAGAGCAGCAUCAAAGUACGCAGGACUGUUCACAAAGAUCUUCAAGCAGGUUUGUGGACAAAGGAAGGAACAGGACCAGAAGAAUAUCUUCAGCUUUACUCACCAAAGCAUUCAUCAGUUUCUAGCUGCAGUUCAUGUGACCAUAUCACUGUUUAGCUACAACAGAAAUGUGAUGCCUGUCCCCCGACUCACCGUGCAAAGUCUGUUCAUGUGUUUCAGUAAAUCGAACUCUUCUACAGCUCUGAAUAUCCAAAAAAAUGCAGUGAAGACAGCGUUAAAGAGCCCAAACGGUCACCUGGAUUUGUUUGCCCGCUUUCUCCUCGGUCUGUCACUGCAGACCAAUCAGACUCUCUUACAAGACCUGCUGACACAAACAAGAAGUAGCUCACAUAACAAUCAGAAAGCAAUCCUGUAUGUGAAGAAAAGGAUCAGGAAGAAUCCUGGUCCAGAACAAUGCAUCCUUCUGUUCCACUGCCUGAAUGAACUGAAUGAUCGUUCUCUAGUGGAGGAGAUCCAACGAUACCUGAGUUCAGGAAGUCUCUGCAUAGAUAAACUGUCUCCCACUCAGUGGUCGACACUGCUCUUCAUCUUACUGUCAUCAGAAAAAAAUCUGGAUGUGUUUGACCUGAAGAAAUACUGCGCUUCAGAGGAGGCUCUUCUGAGGCUGCUGCCAGUGGUCAGAACCUCUAGAAAAAUUCUGCUGAGUGGCUGCAAGCUGUCAUGGAGAAGCUGUGAAGCUUUGUCUUCAGUUCUCAGCUCCCAGUCCUCCAGUUUGAGAGAGCUGGAUAUGAGCAACAACGAUCUUCAGGAUUCAGGAGUGACGUUGCUGUCCACUGGACUGCAGAGUCCACACUGUAUACUGGAGAUUCUUAAGCUGUCAGGCUGCAUGGUCACAAAGGAAGGCUGUGCUUCUCUGGUCUCGGCUCUGAGCUCCAACCCUUCACAUAUGAGAGAGCUGGACCUGAGCUACAAUCAUCCAGGUGACAUGGGAGCAGAUAUGCUGUCUGCUCGACUGGAUGAUCCAAACUGGAGACUGGAUACUCUCAGAUUGGACCAUGGUGGAGAGCAGAGGCUGAAACCCGGCUUAAAGAAGUAUGCCUGCGAGCUGCAGAUAGACCCAAACACAGUAAGCCGAGCCCUCAGAUUGUCCAACAACAACAUGACGGUGACAGCGUCAGACUUUCAGUCAUAUCCGAAUCAUCCAGACAGAUUCGACAGUUGGCCCCAGCUUCUGUGUAAAAAUGAACUGAGCGGUCGCUGUUACUGGGAGGUGGAGUGGAGGGGACUAGUGGACAUAUGUGUGAGUUACAGAGGAAUCAAAAGAAAAGGGAACAGCCCUCGAAGCAGGUUUGGAGGAAACGAUCAGUCUUGGAGUCUGAGCUGCUUUCUUGACCGCUACGCUGUCUGCCACAACAACCAAGGGAAAGAGAUGUACUUCCCUUCCUCAUCCUCAUCCUCAUCCUCUUUCUCUAAGAGAAUAGCAGUGUAUGUAGACUAUCCUGCCGGCAUUGUGUCUUUCUACAGAGUCUCCUGUGACACUCUGAUCCACCUUCACACCUUCAACACCACCUUCACCGAGCCUUUGUAUGCAGGCUUUGGCUGUGACUCCAGGCUGGGCUUUAACCUGAUGUUUAACAUCCAGUCCUCAGUGUCUCUGUGCAAGCUGUAGGAGGAUGAGUGUAAAUGAUGAGUAUGAAUCAGUCAAGUUUGUGCACUUUAAACAGAACAAAUAACACUUUAUCAUAGUGAUGUGUUUUUGUUUUUUGUUUUUUUACUGAUUAACAAGAGUUGGAAAAACUGGCACUUCUUCUCAGAGUAAUGCUCAAUAGUGGGAAUAGAGAGUAUACAGCUGUGUUAUUAGCCCUUUGGCAAGGAUGGCCAAAGGGCUAAUAACACAGCUGUAUAAAACCGAGGAAACAUCCUAGGAAUCACAGGAAACAGCAAAAUCCAUUAAAACUGUGGAAACAAACUGAAAACUGAAUGUGGGGCAAAGGGCUUGUUUGUAUGGUAAUAAAAUGUAGAGGUCCAUCAAGCAUAGAAAUAAGUAUACUGCAAUUGUUACAGGUUCAGCAUUGGUCAUGUGUUAUUACUUCUCCUGCUAAAUACACACAACAAGCAUACAAGCUGGUUUUAUGGACUUCAUAUGUAUUUGUUUCAUAAUCUUCAGUAAGUAUGGAUCCAUGAAGCGUCCCAUGGACAUCCGCCAUGUCACCAUGACUACGCUCCGCCCAGCGGGAAACUUUCAGACCAGGUCACAACCUGUGCAGAAUUUAAUGACCACAAAGAACAAAAGCAAAAGAUUCAUAGCUGGGAGAAAAUGCUCACGCACACACACACACACAUAUAUAUACUUAGGUGUGUACUGACUUUUGUUCCCAGUGGUUUAGACUUAAUGGCUUUGUGUUGAGUUAUUUAGAGGGGACAGCAAAUUCACACUGUUAUACAAGUUGCACACUUUACAUUGUAUCAAAGUGUCAUAUCUUCAAUGUUGUCCAAUGAAAACAUUUACAAAAAUGUGA